AUAAAUACCAAUACCUACUAGAUCAUACUGAUGUAUAAGAAGUCCCAACAUGAUUCUGCACUCUCCAUUUCAGCGCUUUCCAGCUUUCCUCCUAUUUUGUGUAUGGCUUUUGAUGAUCAGAGGAAUAUAUGGAUCUCGCAAGUUGUACAUUGCCUAUCUGGGCGAGAAGAAAUAUGAUGACCCUACUCUUGUCACUGCCUCACACCAUGACAUGCUCACCAGCGUUCUUGGAAGCAAGGAAGAGGCGCUGGCCUCCAUUGCUUACAGCUACAAACAUGGCUUCUCAGGCUUUGCAGCAAUGCUAACAGAGGAGCAAGCAGAUAAUCUUGCAGAUUUACCUGAAGUGAUCAGUGUUACCCCAAAUAAGCAACAUGAAUUGCUGACCACAAGAAGUUGGGAUUUCCUCGGACUGAACUACCAACCACCCAAUAAACUUCUGCAGAGGAGCAAAUAUGGAGAAGAUGUAAUUAUUGGAAUGAUUGACACUGGUAUCUGGCCUGAAUCAAGAAGCUUCAGUGAUCAUGGAUACGGACCAAUACCAUCACGAUGGAAGGGCGUGUGUCAACUAGGACAGGCCUGGGGGCCAACCAACUGCAGCAGGAAAAUCAUUGGUGCACGGUACUAUGCUGCAGGUAUAGAAAAAGCUGACUUUAAGAAGAAUUACAUGUCUGCCCGGGACAUGAUCGGGCAUGGAACGCAUACAGCAUCCAUAGCAGCUGGUGCAGUGGUAGAUGGAGUCAGCGUCCAUGGCCUAGCAACAGGAGUAGCCCGUGGAGGUGCACCCCGAGCACGUCUUGCUGUGUAUAAGGUCAUAUGGAACACAGGGAAUAGCCUACAGCUUGCUAGUGCCGGAGUGCUAGCAGCUCUAGAUGAUGCAAUUCAUGAUGGAGUUGAUAUCCUGUCCCUCUCAAUUCAUGCUGAUGAGGAUUCAUUUGGUGCACUCCAUGCAGUCCAGAAGGGGAUUACCAUUGUUUAUGCUGGGGGAAACGAUGGCCCUCGACCACAAGUUAUUUUCAAUACAGCUCCUUGGGUUAUUACAGCCGCAGCAAGCAAGAUUGAUCGGUCUUUUCCAACUACCAUUACCCUGGGAAACAAGCAAACAUUAGUGGGUCAAUCAUUAUAUUACAAGUUAAACAACGAAUCCAAGAGUGGGUUCCAACCACUUGUAAAUGGUGGAGAUUGUUCAAAAGGGGCAUUGAAUGGAACAACAAUCAAUGGAAGCAUUGUUCUGUGCAUCGAAAUAACUUAUGGACCAAUACUAAAUUUUGUCAAUACUGUCUUCGAAAACGUUUUUAGUGGUGGGGCAUCUGGUCUUAUUUUCGGACUGUAUACCACAGAUAUGCUUUUGCGCACUGAAGAUUGCCAAGGCAUACCCUGUGUUUUAGUCGAUAUUGAUAUUGGGUCUCAAGUUGCAACAUACAUUGGUAGUCAAAGCAUGCCGGUUGCAAAGAUUGAACCAGCACAUAGUAUUACAGGAAAAGAAGUCCUGGCUCCAAAGGUGGCAAUAUUCUCAUCAAGAGGCCCAUCCACUAGGUACCCUACAGUUCUUAAGCCAGACAUAGCAGCACCAGGGGUCAACAUCCUAGCAGCCAAAGAAGAUGGAUAUGCAUUUAACUCGGGGACUUCAAUGGCAGCCCCACAUGUAGCAGGUGUCAUAGCAUUGCUAAAGGCUCUGCAUCCUGAUUGGUCUCAUGCUGCUCUAAAAUCAGCCAUUGUUACCUCAGCAUCAACCAAGGAUGAAUAUGGCAUGCCAAUAUUAGCGGAAGCUCUACCUCGGAAAGUUGCUGACCCAUUCGACUAUGGAGGGGGGAACAUAAAUCCUAAUGGAGCUGCAGAUCCCGGCCUGAUUUACAACAUUGAUCCAAUGGACUACAACAAAUUCUUCGCUUGCAAGAUCAAAAAACAUGAGAUCUGCAACAUUACAACUUUACCUGCCUAUCACCUCAACUUGCCUUCUAUAUCAAUUCCUGAACUAAGGCAUCCAAUCAAGGUGCGGCGAGCAGUCACAAAUGUGGGGGAAGUCGAUGCAGUUUAUCAAUCUGCUAUACAGAGCCCCCUAGGAGUCAAGAUCGAUGUUGAACCUCCAACCCUAGUCUUCAAUGCCACAAAGAAAGUGAACACCUUCAAGGUCAGCAUGAGACCCUUGUGGAAAGUGCAAGGGGAAUACACAUUUGGAAGCCUAACUUGGUACAACGAGCAUCACACGGUAAGGAUCCCCAUCGCAGUCCGGAUCACAAUCCGAGAUUUCUAUGCGGAUGUUGCAUAGUAAUCCAGAGGAUUACUCAAUAGUCAAUAAUAAAGAACGGUGAUCAUCUACAUAUGGUCACCUUAGAUCGGAAAACUACUUGUACUUGGCAAAAUUUUCUUGCACUAUCUACAAUAAAUCCUUCGAUUUUAUGGUUCUA